AUGGAGGAACGCAUUUCUUUGCCAAAUGGACAUUUACUCAAUCUAAAGCCCCGGAGUCGAAACCCCAGGCCCGCGAAAUCCGGUGCUGAGGAGCAGCCAGCAUGCGAGCGAAGCAAAGAAUCCGCGACAGGGUACACUGCCUACAAACCUCGUAUAGACAAACCUCUUCCAGAUAAACCCCUUCCAGAGGUCAAGGAUCCCAAGUCCAGCCCCGAGACAUCAGCGCGGAAGGUUACCCCUACCAGGCUCCCGAUGCCCAAGAAGUUUGCGGAAAAGGCCAAGGAUGACUCGGCAGAUGCCUCUCCUGUGCCCGAUCGUAAAGAACAUCGACACCAUACGUUAGGCAGGCGAGCUCAGCCCAAGGCCUCCCCUAUAUCAUUAGGGCGUCGACCUGCCAAGUCAACGGAAAAAGAUCGAGAACAGUACUGGAGAAAAGUCAAAGAGAAAUUCGAAAAGGAAUCCCCUACCUCGUCACGGACCCGCGACAAACACAAGGAGUAUUAUCACGAGGCUUACGAGAAGAUCAAGUCGUUCACCAGUCCCCCGAAACAAGAGACUAAUCAACACAUACCGAAGUCUGCUGCAAAGACGAGUGACGAUGACAAAACACCAAGGCAAAGUGCCAUCCAUAGGACCGCCGCUGGAAGUCCUAGCUCCAAAGAUCGACAGACAUCGAAGCCAGCUGCUCAAGGCGAAUCUCUCAGAACAAAAAAAUCAGACCCCAAAAAACGCCCAUCGAAUGUGAUUGAUACCGGCGACACCAUCAACCGGCAAACAUCGGACAAGCAAAUUAGCACAACCGACUCAUCCAUCAUCUCUCGUCCCUCCAUCUCACCUUUGUCAGGCCCCAGCAGCUCGAUGACCGAUUGGGAGGACCGGUUUGUGGUGAACAUGCCGUCCGCUAAAGAGCCUAAUCCACCUGUCAUGACUGCACGACAAAUCACCGAUUUUCAAAAAAGUAUCGAUCAAGUUCACAAUCAAGGAGGGACAAUGCUGGAUCCGGAAACUCUACCCAGUCCGCGCACUAGAACCCCCGAAGAUUCGUCUGAUGCACUGGAAACGCAGGGAAAUAAACCGGGCAAUCUGGAUGGCCAAGAGUCUCGCACAGGGUCAGAUGAAAAUCCUUCAGAACCACAGCCCAGCCACGGUCGAUAUUACUCGCCCGAUGAGAUUGGAAAGCAACGGUUCAGUACCAUCUGGGAAGAAGGAGCAUCACGACACAAAACCAAGACUGCAGUCAACAUCGACGGGUCUUUUUUAGGUUGCAAGGAAAUAAACGGCCCAAACGACAAGAAUCCGGACGAAAUAUUACUUUUCUCGACGACAGACGAACGUCCGAGGGUUGUGGAUGUGUCAGCCCCGGUGUCCAAGAAUUCCAGAGAACGGAACACAGCCGCUCCUCAAUCGACUGUAGCCUUGGAAGAAAAGACCGUUGUUCAAGAAGAGUGGAAACCAAUUUCUCAGAAUUUGAAGCAUGCCCAAUGCUCGAAACAGUUCCAACGUACGAUGUGCCGCGAAAUCCUCUGCCGACCGUCGGAAGAGGCCCCGAUGUCUGUCCCGCAAGCAUCAGGAAAAGAAAAUUCGACCCAGAUAGGGAUCCCCCUAAGGAAUCCGGAACGAGGGAAACGCCCCCAGGGAGACGACGACGUGUUCAUUAUCACACCCACUAUCACGCGCACUAUGAUGACCAUGGCGGACAUGAGAGGCGUCGUCCAGAAAUCUUCUCGACCGAAAGAGCCCGCGUCUCGCGCCGCCGGCGAAAUCAUCACCGACACCAGGGCAAAGCCUCCCGCGCACUCUACACCGUCGGGCUUACGUCGAGCGACGCAAAACUCGUGGGUAAAGUCAAAUAUGCCAUCCACAGCAUCGUCAAAACCUGGACCCAGCCCAAGCGGUCCUGCCGUGAAGGAACAAGAAGUUACACCCCAGCCCAAGGUGGAGAAGCCGCGCGCUAUCCGUGGGUACAUCCAUACCACAGGCAUCGCAAAGUCCUCCGCCGGAAGCGCCAAUCCUCGCGCGCGCAUUAAGCGGCAUUCUCAUACGUACGAGACGCCGCGCAGUAGCGAAAACGCGGCGCCCCCUGUGAGGAGCGCCACCGAUCCAGCUCAGUUUCCCAAGUCCGUCUCGGCUCAGAGGCCAAUGCCACCGCCAAAGUUAAACACCAACGUUCACCCAGAACCUCCCAUUCCAUUGCCCAGUGCGCGGAUCUUCGCGGUCGCUGAGUUGGAUGGACAUCAGGUCGAUGAUCAUGCAAAAGACGAGCACAAAGACCGGGAUGCACCUCCCAAAACGCCUACUGCCGUGGAUGAUCUCGGUGCCAAAACGAGCAGCGACAAGUCUCCACACGAGGACGAUAAUGACAAGGACCUCAUGAGUUCCGUCACGUUCGGCCUCAUCAUCGACAUCUUUUUCCUGUCCAUCGCUCAAGCACAAGACCUGUACAAGGACAUCAUGGCCAACUGGAACUCCCGAGCGGUUCUGGCGAAAAUCGCCCUCAACUGCGUCCUCAACAUGAUCGGCCACUGUCUAUACGUACUCCGAAAUUUCCUCUCGGCCUGCUCCGUCUAUAACUCCACGGGAUCGUGGCCGAAAUCCAACGACAAAGACGUUGCCCGUUCGCUGACCGAACUCGGCCAAGCCGUCAUCUAUCUCGUCGCCUUGGGUUUCAUCAUGAUGGUCGUUGGUCGAGCGGCCGGGUACAUCGUACUCAUUGGAAGCUGGAUCGUCUGGGUGACGAAACCUUUUGGGUGGGUUCUGAGAGCUCUGUUAACGUAG